CUCAUCGCUGCCAAUUGGCGCCUCCAUCCAUCCAUCCAUCCAUCCAUCCAUCGGAUACAUUGGACGGAUGGAUGGAUGGAGCGGAAGACGAUGUGUAUCUACAUUACAAUAAUCAAUCAAUGUACAGACAGUCACAUCAUGGCCACUCUCGGUCAGUCAGCCAGACAUCCAAAUGCACAGACAGAGAAAAAGGUGCAGACACUAAACCGCUCCUGUCUGUCCUGUCCUGUCAUCGCUUCAUUCAGCAGACCGCCACGCAGCACCUUGCAGGCGUGCCACACUACACGCCCACCGAUCAUCUUCCCCGCUUCCUCUGCUGCCACGGCACCCUCCGGGCAAUCUGAUGCAGCACAGGCCGCCUCAUUGGCCACUCCAUCGCACUCCCGGCCUUGUCGCUCUCUCUGCUGUCCUUCUUGUUGUUGUUACUGUUGCUGUUGCGUUGCCCCUGCCCCUCUCCCUCCCUCGCCCUGUCGGUCUCCUGCUCGGUGGCCUCUGCGGGCAGGCCCGGCUCCCUCUCCCAUGGGAAGGACACCCACAUGGAUUGCUCAAGCGACUUGACAUACAUGUCCACCCAGGGCUUCCCCAACGGCUUCGCGUAGACCGUUACAAAAGUGGCCUUGGGCAGCAUCUUCCGGAGCGCACGGAUGGUCUCCCCUGUGUCGGCCAAGUCGUCCACCACCAGCCAUCCAAGGCCGUCAUGAAACACGCCUUUUAAGCACCUGGAUGAAUCAUCACACAAACGUUUGACGGCAGGAUGCGCACACAGAAUGGAUGGAAGAGCACAUGCGUCUUAUUUUUCAUCAUCCCCUCCCCUCACCCACUGACUGACCUGAGCCUGUGUUGCUUCUUGUCGGUGCUGUAGCUGGACAUGCACACCGUGUCCACGAGCUUCACGUCCAGCUGCUGACUCAACACACCCGCCGGCAGCAGCCCUCCCCGGCUCACAGCCACAAUCCCGCGGAACCGUUUGCCGGUGUCCUUCAGCCGUCUUGCCAGCGACACUGUGUCCCUAUGGAACAGAUCCCACGUCAGCGGCAGAUCUCGAGAGAUGGCAGGAGCCUGGAAGAUGCUCAUUAGCCUCAGCGGCAGCAGCAGCAUCAGUUGCAAGAGCAGGAUGAAUGUGGGGCGAGGGAGUCUCGCCAUGGCGCCCGUUGAGAUUCCUGUGGUUGUGGAACGCAUUGCUGCCUCCUCCCCCCUCAGUUGCUGUCUCUGUCACUCACAGAUGCCCUGAAACACCCCUGCUGAGAGGUGGAAUGGAAAUGCGCCGAUCGAAUGCAGCUUCUGGCGAGUGAUAUGGAUCAGAUGACUCAGAACACUCCCCAGAAGAA